AUGUCCAGCGGGUGCUGCGGUGGCAAUAACAACAGCAGCUACACCGUCUGCUGCUACGGCAGCGCCAAGGGCUGCAAGAGCUUUGCCUACACUACCGACAACAUGUCCAGCGGAGGCUGCGGGUGCUGCGGUGGCAAUAGCAACAACAACAGCUACACCGUCUGCUGCUACGGCAGCCCCAAGGGCUACAAGACACCGAUGUGCUGCCCUCCUGUGCAGUACUGCCCGCCCGUGCAGAGCUGCUGCAUGCCCAUGUCCAUGCCCAUGCCCAUGGCCUGCUACACCAUUGUUUAUCCCCAAGGUCUCGGUCAUUUCUGGGACAGGAUGCACUACCUUAAAGGCGGCAGUGACCAGGACGUGUGCCAUGAUGGUGCGGUUUGUGGCGAGAAGGGCUGGACGUGGCACGGUUCCCCCAGCUGCUGCCACGAAAGCCCCGUGAGCACCACGACCCCUUGUCACGACCCCGGCAGCCUCAGCCGCGACAUCGAGGGGUCCUGCCAGAGCAAGCCGCAAGGUUGCCAACCCAUGGAGCCGUGCCCACCCCAGACCUGCUACCCACCACAGCAAAGCAGCAGCUGUGGCAAGCCCCGGCGGCGGGUGGAGGUGAGCCACGUGGAGCCCGUCUGCCCCCCACCCGUGAAAAUCCACCGCCGGCCGCUGCAGCAGUAUCGCCCACCCCAGUGCAGUGAAGACCCGGGGUGCUGCCGCAAGCCCCGGCGGCGCGUGGAUCAGUGCCCUGCACAGGAGACCCAUCCCCCCGUGAUUCUGCAUCCCCUGCCACUGCAGCAUCGUCACCCCUGUGCCCCAUGCUGCCACCCACUCGUCCAGCACUGCUGCCCCCGACCCAUCCAGCGCUGCCGUCCGGCCGCCGUGCCCCUGCCGCUGCAUCCCGGCCAGCACCAGCAGAAGCAGAUCCCUCUCUUGCCCCCCUGUUUGCAGAUGAAAUGA